AUGUCAAAAGAAGCAAAGUUGGUCUCUAGUGUUGGCUCACUAGCUCUUGUCUCGAAGAACAAAAAUGUGAUUGAAGAAGAAGAGGAAGAUGACAUGUUGGAGUGUGAUAUUACGAGUGAUGAGUAUGCGAUGAUGGUGUCGAAUCCAAAGAAGUUUGCUCGGAAGAAAUUCCCCAAGGAGGAUGAAAAGAAGGAGAUCAAACUGGUGGGUGACUCUGGGUAUGAUUGCAAUUACUGUCACGACAAGAAUCACUUUGCCAAGGACUGCAUGUUGAAAAAGUUAGCCGAGAGAAGAGAGAGUGAAGAUGAUGAAGCUUAUCAUAUGAGAAAGCUUGAAGAUAUAAAGAAGAAGAAAAAUAGUGCAGGUCCAAUGAACGCCUUGAUUAUUCAAGAAAAGGUGAUUGAUGACGAAUUUGGUGGGGUUGAAGUGUGGUCCACAGAUUCAGAGGAUGAAAAGGUGAGAAGGCCAACACACGAUAGUGCUUUUGUGACGAGACAAGAGGAUGAGAAAGUGACUGGCAGAUGCCUGAUGGUGACGGAUGGAGUAACAACCGAGAGUGAGCAUGAGGAACCGAAUCUACAUGAAGAAAAAUGCUUUGCAGCCAAGCCUAUCAGUGAGAAGAUCAACGAUUACGAUCGUUUGAUCAAAAAGGAGGAUGAGGUCAUUGCUGAAUGUGAAUCAAUCAUGUCCUCGGAAGAAACUUCCAUUCCUUAUAAAAUAGGUCUGGAGAAAAUUGAAACUUUCAUUGAUUCUAAGGAACAUAAAUGCAUGUUAAAACUACUCUUAGAUGAAAACGAUAAGUUAAAAAUUAAAACUGAGACCUUAAAAUCAUUUGAAUCAUCAAAUGCCAAAUUGAUGACUGAACAUAAGAUAAAUAUUGGGAGUACAUCUGAGUUUGAUGAUAAAAGUGAGACGAGUGAGAUCUCCGUGGAAGACGUAAUCAAUUGCUCAGAGUUUCUGAAGAGCGAAACCGAGACUGAAAAACUGCUUAUAUCCGAAAAAUCAGUUGAAUAUGCUGUUAAAGAAAAGGCAGUGGUCUACCAAAAAUCAGCUCCUAUUGAUAAUGCAGAUGAAACUGUUGCCUUGUCAGAGCAAACCUCAUGGAGGGUGAAAUGUCAACCUCCUGUUCAACCGAAAGUUGUGAUCAAACCUGAACCGAAGGGUAAUGAAGCUUCGGGUUCUAGUGUUAAAGAAAAGAAGGGUUCAUCCAAUGAUGAUAGUGAUGAAGACCAGGAAACAAUAACCGACAUACUCAAAAGAAAGCAAAGAGAUCGGGAGUUAAAUGAGACUCAGAGGAUUGCUAAGGAAGAAGAGGAGAAAGAAAGGAAGAGGAAAGAAGAGCAUGAUGCUCUUGAAUGUAAAAUGGCCCUUUUUCUCCCAUGGACUAGGGAAAAGAUGAUAAACGAGAUUAUAAACGAGAUUUGA